UCCAUAAUCAUAACACAAACACAGAGAAGCGCGUAUUCGUAUAAGUAUAAAUACAUAGAAAGUGUGUAGACUCCAAAUCUGAAUCUGCUUCUUCGCGUUCUUCUUUCUUUUCUUUCAUCUCUCUCUCUCUCUCUCUCUCUCUCUCUCUCUCUCUCUCUGUCUCUAUUUCACAAUUACUUCAAUUCUCUCUUCUCCAUCUUCACCGCUCCUCACCUCAUUCGCCAAUUCGUGUUCAAUAUGGCGACGCAUACCCCAAAGAAUAUUCUCAUUACUGGGGCAGCUGGAUUUAUUGCAUCUCAUGUGGCCAACCGGCUCAUUCGGAAGUAUCCUGACUACAAAAUUGUUGUUCUUGACAAGCUUGAUUACUGUUCUAAUCUGAAGAACCUCAUUCCUUCAAAGUCAUGCCCCAACUUUAAGUUUGUGAAGGGUGAUAUUGGAAGUGCUGACCUUGUCAACUACCUUCUCAUCACUGAGUCAAUUGACACGAUAAUGCACUUUGCUGCUCAGACCCAUGUUGACAACUCCUUUGGUAACAGCUUUGAGUUCACCAAGAACAACAUCUACGGCACUCAUGUCCUGUUAGAGGCUUGCAAGGUGACUGGUCAGAUCAAAAGGUUCAUCCAUGUGAGCACUGAUGAGGUCUAUGGGGAGACAGAGGAGGAUGCCGUGGUUGGAAACCAUGAGGCUUCUCAGCUGCUUCCUACAAAUCCAUACUCUGCCACAAAAGCUGGGGCAGAGAUGCUUGUCAUGGCAUAUGGUAGAUCUUAUGGUUUACCUGUGAUCACAACACGUGGAAACAAUGUCUAUGGGCCGAACCAGUUUCCUGAGAAGCUAAUUCCAAAGUUCAUCCUCCUGGCCAUGCAAGGCAAGCCUCUUCCGAUUCAUGGAGAUGGUUCUAACGUGAGGAGCUAUUUAUACUGCGAAGAUGUCGCUGAGGCUUUUGAAGUUAUCCUUCACAAGGGAGAAGUUGGUCAUGUUUACAACAUUGGGACCAAGAAGGAAAGAAGAGUUAUUGAUGUAGCCAAAGAUAUAUGCAGACUAUUCUCCAUGGACGCAGAGACGAGCAUAAAAUUUGUGGAGAACAGACCAUUCAAUGACCAGAGAUACUUUCUUGAUGAUCAAAAGCUGAAGGACUUGGGGUGGUCCGAGAGGACCACUUGGGAAGAGGGCUUGAAGAAAACCAUGGACUGGUACAUCAAUAAUCCUGAUUGGUGGGGUGAUGUCAGUGGUGCAUUGCUUCCUCAUCCAAGGAUGCUCAUGAUGCCUGGUGGUAUGGAGAGACAUUUUGAUGGAUCGGAAGAGGAAAAGCCUGCAUCAUAUGUCUCGACUAACACUAAAAUGGUGGUUCCACCAACCAAGAGCACUACCGGCACUCCCCAGAAGCCUGCUCUAAAGUUCUUGAUCUAUGGCAGAACAGGAUGGAUAGGUGGAUUGCUAGGGAAGUUGUGUGAAAAGCAAGGGAUUCCGUACGAAUAUGGAAAAGGGCGCCUAGAGGAUCGCUCAUCACUUGUUGCUGAUAUUCAGAAUAUCAAGCCGACACAUAUUUUCAAUGCUGCAGGAGUGACCGGCAGACCCAAUGUUGAUUGGUGUGAGACUCAUAAGACUGAAACCAUCCGCACCAAUGUUGCCGGGACUUUAACAUUGGCUGAUGUCAGCAGAGAGCAUGGUCUCUUGAUGAUAAAUUAUGCUACUGGUUGCAUAUUUGAGUAUGAUGAAGCUCACCCUCUGGGAUCUGGCAAAGGUUUCAAGGAGGAAGAUACCCCUAAUUUUGCUGGUUCUUUCUAUUCCAAAACUAAGGCUAUGGUUGAGGAGCUUUUGAAAGAAUAUGACAAUGUAUGCACACUCAGGGUUCGCAUGCCCAUUUCUUCUGAUCUGAGCAACCCGCGCAACUUCAUUACCAAGAUUUCUCGCUAUAACAAGGUGGUUAACAUUCCAAACAGCAUGACUAUCCUGGACGAGCUCCUGCCUAUUUCAAUCGAGAUGGCAAAGCGCAACCUGAGCGGCAUCUGGAACUUCACAAACCCAGGGGCCGUGAGUCACAACGAGAUCCUGGAGAUGUACAGGGACUACAUUGACCCCAACUUCAAGUGGGUUAAUUUCACCCUUGAAGAGCAAGCCAAAGUGAUUGUUGCGGCGCGAAGCAACAACGAGAUGGACGCAUCAAAGUUGAAGAAAGAAUUCCCAGAACUGCUUUCCAUCAAGGAAUCACUGAUCAAAUAUGUCUUCGAGCCAAACAAGAAAACUGGUUUGAAAAAUUAAGCAGCUUCAUGGCUUAAAGCAUCAUCUUGCUUAUUCUCUGCAUUUUUUCACAUAGCACACUCAUUAUUUCAUUGGUAGUACCGUCUAGUUUCUGUGUUUAGAGGGUCACAAGUACUACGUUGUUAGCUAUUGUUCCUUCGUUUUCAUUUCUAUACCUUUGUUCUAGUUUUCUAAUGUUCUCUAUUAUGAGCAUUUAGUGUUACACCUAUAUGACACGAAUUCUUUUAUUGCUCAUAUCAUAUGUAUCCCUUGAGGUUUAUGAUUGUACUGUGUUCGCAUUUGUAUAUGCACUGAUAAAGAAUGCAACUGAGAUAUUCAUUCGAUUUUCUCCA